GCAGUCUCGCUUUUAAACCUCUAAACAAUUUACAAUUAUUGAAAGAAAGAAAACAGUGGAGACACAUUCGUGUCCAUAACAAUUCGUAUUACAUGACGUUUGAUAAGUUUUGUGCCAAAAUUUAUAAAUAUGGUGGACUUUAUAGGAGUGAAAAAAGUUGUUAAAAUUGCUUUAAUUUCAAGGAUUCUUUCUCUUGUAUUCCAGGGUGUGUCAAACAAUUUGUUAGUUGAUUAUGACACUUCGGUUGAACACCGUUCUUGCCAUCCCAACAACACCUAUCAAUCACCACACAAGCUCUCCACCAUGGACCAAAUUAUCUCAUCAACACUUGGUGGGCUUUCAAAAUGGGAUGCUGUAUACUUUCUAGACAUAGCACAAUAUGGCUACAAGUAUGAACAGAAUAUGGCGUUUUUUCCAUUGCUGCCUUUGAGUGUUCACACUCUUGGUGUAACCUUGAGACCCUUAACACUUGUUUGUAAGAUUAGCCAAAGGUCAAUCCUUUUACUCUCUGCAAUGUUAAUCAACACAGUUGCAUUCACAAUGGCCGCUGUUGGACUACAUAAACUCACAAGCACUGUAUUUCAUAGUCCAAAACUGGCUCAAAAGGUUGCAAUGCUAUUCUGUUUCAACCCAGCAAGUGUGUUUUUUUCAUCUGUCUACUCAGAAAGCAUCUACUCUAUGACCCAAUUUUGGGGAAUGUUGUAUGUUGAGAGAGGCAAUCAUCUUCCAGCAGCCAUUAUGUUCUCUCUAGGAACUUCAGCCAGAUCAAAUGGCAUAACAUCCUGUGGAUUUAUUGCUUACAAAUUUCUGAAAGAAAUAAUUCUUCAUUACCGUUUGUUUACAUCAAAAGCUGAGCGAAUACAACCAAUUGAUUUUGGUUUGAAAUGUCUCAGGUUAAUAUCCUUGUCAUGCUUGAUAUUUCUACCAUUUAUCUUAUUUCAAUACUUUGGCUACACCCUGUUUUGCAAACCUGUUCAAAUUUCACCAUGGUGUGACCACUACAUACCCCUGCCCUAUUCCUACAUACAAAAGCACUACUGGAACGUUGGUUUUUUGAAGUACUAUGAAGUAAAACAGCUACCAAAUUUUCUACUUGCCUUACCUGUGGUGAUUUUGUCAGCGUUGGGUAUCAGGGAAUAUUUGGGGCGACAAAGCAGAAGAGAUGUUUUGAGCCUCGGACUGUUGGUGCAAAAGAAGUCGAAUUCCUUAAACCUCUUCGCUUAUGUGGCUCACUUGAGUUUCCUGAUGGCGUUUGGUGUCACAUCAAUGCAUGUCCAGGUAGUCACUCGGUUCCUCCUAUCAUCUUCUCCGAUGGUCUACUGGAUUGCUGUUUCCUGGGUGACACCAGCAAGACAUGAUCAAGAUAGCAAGAAUAAUUCCAAUCUUAAAGCAAACUUUGUCUAUAUUUACUUUCUAAUGUACUACACUUUGGGAUAUUUACUCCAUUGUAAUUUUUAUCCAUGGACUUAAUGCUAUAGUCCAAGGUUAGAAAUAAAGAUCAAGGUUCAGCUUUUCUUAUAAUUUUUUUACGGCUUAUACUGCUACUAAACUCUAAAGCAAUGUUAAUCUUUAAUACGUAGUCUAUAAUCUUAUUAUACCACCAGAUUAGCGCGUGCUUGCGUUAACACCCUGCUAUUCUCGCAUUGGAAUGUAAAGCUGGUUUUCCACCAGCGACAUU